AUGCUGCUCACCGGCUCAUUCGUUCGAGCAGUUGAUGAAAAGCUGCGAAUCGCAAUCCCCAAGCGACUACGAGAAGCCCUGGGCGAAGAAGUGCCGGGGGCCUUGUAUAUCGCACCCAGCACCGACGGCUCGCUGAGCCUGUACACCCCCCGUGUAUUUGAAGAGAUGGCAAGCCGAUGUGCCGACGCUUCACCCACGGCCACGGAUGUGCGAGCGUUCCGACGCUUGUUCUUCGCCCGGGCACAACGGUUGGAGCUCGACCGCCAGUAUCGCAUCCGAAUCCCGCCCGAGCUUGCAGAGCUUGCCAAUCUACAGCAGGAAGUUGUUCUCCUGGGCGUUCACGACCACCUGGAACUGUGGGAUCGUGCGCGAUGGGAUACCUACCUAACCGAGCAGGCAGCGAACUACGACCAGAUUGCCGAGACCGCUUUGGGUUCGGCCAAUACUAAGCAAGACGUAUCGGGGCAGCGGCAGUGGCCGCACCGCGACGCCAGCGCAUCGCGGGGCAACAAUACCGCGGGCACCAACCUAGCCGGAGGUACACGGAAGUACCUCGGGUCGGUUGUGCAGUGGCUUGAACCGGAACCUGGAAAGGUGAUUGUCGACGGCACACUGGGAGCCGCGGGGCAUAGCCUUGCGUUGGUAUCGCGGGUGGUUCCGGGUGGUCGGUUGAUCGCCAUGGACCGAGACCCGGCAGCGGUGGAAGCUGCCGAAGCGGUGCUGCGAGGAAAACCGGUUGACGUGGCGUGUGAAAACUAUUGCAACAUGCCCGAGGUGCUCGACGAGUUGGGCAUCGACCUGGUAGACGGUGUGUUGUUGGACUUGGGUUUGUCGAGCGAUCAGUUAGCAGACCGUGAGCGAGGAUUUAGUUUUACGGCCGACGGGCCGCUGGACAUGCGAUUCAACCCGACGUUGGGUGAGCCGGCUUGGAGAAUGAUUAGCCGGAUGAGCGCCGAACAUUUGGGAAAGGUGAUUAAACAAUACGGCGAGGAACGCUUCGCCCGCAGGAUUGGUCGAAAGAUUGUGGCCGCCCGAGAGCAGAAGCCAAUUCGCACGGCACAAGAGUUGGCCGAGAUUGUGCGCUCGGCGGUACCGCGAACGAAGGACGAUCAUCUCGACCCGGCGACGCGAACGUUUCAGGCAUUGCGAAUUGCGGUGAAUCAAGAACUCGAUGCAUUGGAGAUUGCCCUGCGUCGCAUCCCGGGCCAGUUGCGAAAAGGAGGGCGGUUGGCCGUGAUUAGUUUUCAUUCGCUGGAAGACCGGAUGGUGAAGCAGGCGUUUCGUGAUGAUCCACGGUUGGACGUGCUGACGCGGAAGCCGAUUACGGGUACUGAGGAAGAAAUUGCGAGGAACCCCCGGGCGCGGAGUGCGAAGCUUCGCGUGGCCGUGCGGAACGACGAACAAGAAACCGCUAUGAGUCGUAAAGUGAAACGGCACGAUGCCGAGAGCGGCGAAGGUCCGCACUCGAAUGACGAUUCGUUCGAGCAAGAAGACGACCUGGGGGGCGAAAGCCGCUCGAAGAGUCUCUGGAAUCGUGAGACGAUUCUCUCGCUGAUCAUCAUGAUCGCCCUGUUGGCAGGGUUGGGGGCGGCAUUGUACUUCCGCUUGAGCCCCGAAUCGGUGGGCGACGAUCCGUUUGCGAUGCUGCGCGGUGACGCACCGAAGCCAACAGAGAGCGAAGACGAAGCUGCGACGGAUGAGAGCGAUCUGACCCCACCACCGGCAGCGAUCGCCUCGACGGAGAUGACUUCGUUCCCGACGGUGGCCGAACCGCAGGGGGACAGCUAUGGCGAUCCAGCCUCUUAUCAGCAGUCUGACCCGUGGCAAGGGACUGCGACGGUGAGUGGUCCUCAGCCAGCGAGUGCGUACGCCGAACAAGCGGGAGCGAUGGCCGAAGAAACGGUCGACCAAUUCUCGCAACAAGGGCAGCGAGCGAUGGACGGCUUCAACGAGCAGGCCGAUUCGAUCGCUCAGCAAGGGCAGCGAGCGAUGGAUGGCUUCAAUGAGCAGGCUGAUUCGAUCGCACAGCAAGGUCAGCAGGUGUUGGAUAGUUUCAGCCAACAGGCCGACUCGCUUUCUCAGCAGGGUCAGCAAGCGAUGGACGGCCUAAGUGAGCAGGCCGAUUCGCUAUCGCAGCAGGGGCAGCAGGCGAUGGAUGGGUUUACCCAGCAGGCCGACUCUUUGACGCAGCAGGCAGGUGAUGCUUGGGAUCAAACCAGUGAGGCGAUGGGCGGGCAGUUUCAAGAGGCUGCCGGUGCGGUGAGAGAGCAGGUUGAUGCAGUUUCACAGCAGUUGACCGAUGGUGUUUCGCAACAGACGCAGCAAAGCUUGAGCGACCUGGCGAACCAGGCUCAAGAGGCCGUGGAUGAGUUCACCGGUCAGGCUGGUACAGCAGCCGAGGAGUUCAUUCAACAGGCGCCCGAUGCAGUGGAUGCGAUGACGGGACAAGCCAAUGAUUUCGUCAACGAGCAGAUGCAGCGGGCCGAGCAAUACACGCAACAGGCGGGCAAUGCCGCGCAAGAUGCAUUCGACCGUGCGACAGGUGAGGCGAAUCCGUUGCGGACCGGAAGUACCACGCCGCAAGAGUCGCCUCUGUCGGCGUUUGAGCCGUCCUCAUCAACGCCUGCUGCGGACGCUGGUGGGACGUCGGCUUCGCCCGAGUGGUCGAACACUGGGACGCAGCAAGAGCCCCGCGUGGUGAUUGCUGAACCGCCGGCCCAGAUGUCGCCUACUCCAAGAACAACUCCGUCGGCGGCUCCGGCUGUGCCGAUGGAGACAAGUCCGCCGAAUACCGGGUACGGUCAAUCGCCUCCGGUGGCGUCGACGCCUUCGAGCCGUCGCUCGUCGGACGGGUUUGGGCAACCACCGGCGAGUUUUGAUGCCUCGGCGUUUGAACCUCCUGCCGAACGGGUGCCGGACUACACGCCGCCAACCAGUCGGACGAUGCCUCCGGCGGUGACGAGCACGCCGCCUGCUUACGGAUCGCAGGCCACGACGGCUCCGCAGGCUGCAUCACCGGCCGUUUCGCAGACUCCCACGGGUGGAGGUGGUACGGACAACUUCAACCGUAGCGAAGCCACCUACACGGUGCAGGCCAACGACAACUAUUGGCUCAUUUCCGAGAAGCUGUACGGCACGGGGGCUUACUUCAAGGCGCUGUUCGAACACAACCGGGACCGUUACCCGCGGGCGAACCGCUUGAAGGUGGGCGACCAGAUCCGUACACCGCCGGUGGAGGUGUUGCAGCAAACUUAUCCGAAGCUGUGUCCGCGACCGCGGGGGAGUUCGACACCGUUGGGGGCCACCUCGGGUCGGGCUCCGGCUUCGCGAAUGCCUGUUGGUAGUGGACGAACUUACGUCGUGCAGCAGGGCGAUACGUUGUACGACAUCGCCCGGUAUGAACUGGGCGAGGCGAACCGGUGGUAUGAGAUUCGGCAGUUGAACCGGGACGUGCUCGGCGAAGAGGCCGACCAUUUGCGACCGGGUGUUGAACUGCGAUUGCCGGCGACCGAGGUGGCGUCGCGUGCUCCGGCGACGUUGAAUCGCUAA